ACACAUUGAUAAAAAUCACACUUGGAUUUGGAAAGAUUUCUGCAUGAUCAGAUAUCCCAGUUCCGUCAACAGAAGAGUAAAUCUACUUCUCUUGAGCGAACGGGACUAGAAUGAGUAAUUAAAAAGUUUUAAACUUUUGAAUAUCGCGCCAUUAACUAAGGGGGCGUGUCCAAUAUGUGAAACGUUGAUUGGGCGUCCCAUGGCCUACUUCCGUAAAUAACAAAGAUGGCUUUUCGAAGGUUGCAAGUUUCACAAAUAACCAAGUGCUUUACCAGACAAUGCAAGGGUGUAUUCGCUCCAAAACAAAGUAGUCGUGUACCCAUCGUUCUUCAGCACAGAGGGAUCAUAAGCACGGCUGAUGACUUGCUAAAGACUCGUCGGAAAACUGGUGUGUUGGACAGUUCCAUAAGUUGGAUUGACACAGAUUUUGAUAAUAAGCACGGUACAGCUGAUCGAGCAGUUGUAUUCCUCCAUGGCAACCCAACCUAUUCGUAUAUAUGGCGUAAUAUUAUUCCCCAUGUGAGCCCGAUCGCUCGUUGUAUCGCCCCUGAUCUUAUCGGAAUGGGCCACUCCGAUAAACUUCCUAUGGGUGCGCAGUAUCGUUUUAUGGACCAUUAUCGCUAUUUAUCAUCAUGGAUGCAUAUGGCGAAACUACCAAAGAAAAUAACACUAGUUACACAUGAAUGGGGCUCUGCUCUCGGGUUUGACUGGGCGUCUAAGCAUCCUAAACGAAUUGAAGGAAUUGUGCACAUGGAAAGCAUUAUGAAACCAAUGCAAUCGUGGGAAGAUUGGCCAGAAGUUGGCCGUAAAAUUUUCCAAAUGAUUCACUCGAAGGCUGGUGAUGACAUUGUCUUAAACAAGAACCUUUUCAUUGAAAAACUACUUCCGAAUAACAUAAUACGAGACUUGACUUUUGAGGAAUUAACGUCAUACAGGCGGCCAUUUUUAAAAGAAGGUGAGCCACGACGAGCUCAGUUAACUUGGAUACGGGAACUUCCCUUCGUUGAAAAAAUCAAAGGUCAACAUGAUCAUGGUAACGUUGACACCAUCCAAUACUUCAUGCAAUGGUUGAGAAAAACAGACGACAUCCCAAAAUUGUACAUAGCGGCAGAUCCCGGAUACUUGACACCUGUGAUGGCAAGCACUGCAGAAAGACUACCUAAUCAGAAGAAAGUUACAGUCGAAGGACUUCAUUAUCUUCAAGAGGACUCCCCAGAUGACAUUGGAAAAGCUAUAGCUGAGUUUCUCGUAAAUGAUGUCUAUAAAGACUAAUAGAUGUCAGUCAGGUACAUUCUACCUUGCUAUGGAUUAAUAAAUAAUUGGCAGCUUCAUUUAGCAUUUAAAAUGUAGUAACUGAAAGACCAUUGAUUUUGGUCUCUAAAUCAUAAUUAUGUCGAUGGAGUUAGAUCCUGACUCUAAAAAUGAAAUAAUAACAUUUAUGUGGUGAUGAAAUUCAAAGGGUGGUGGCACAAUAUUAGCAUGAAAUAACGAUGAACAAUGUUCAGUAAGGCUAAGGAAAUUUAAUUCUAUGUUUAGCAUGAAAUAAGAUAAGGCCAAGGUAAUUUAAUUCUAUGUUUAGCAUGAAAUAAAGAUGUUCAGUAAGGCUAAGGACAUUUAAUUCUAUGUUUGGCAUCAUAAUUAGACUAUGUAGUUGCAUAGAAAAAUAGGCGAACUAAAGAAACGAGGCAGAACUUUUCACAGUUUAAGUCUGAAAAUCCUCCAGUAAUAUUUUUAAGUGAAAUUUUGGUGAUGCAGUAGCCAAAAUCAUCAGGAGUCAAAAAAGUGGGCGAAAAAGCUAAACACUUUAUUUCCUUAGCCUAGUUUAUGAUGCAUUUUAAACUAUGAUUCUGUUAUCUACCUCAUGUAAAGGCCAUGCCUCAGAGCAUCACUGGUCUCUUAAAAUUGCACAAUGUAAUAAAAAGGGUAAUGCUACCCAACAACCAUUAUUUAACAACUCACCUGAAUUGAACAUCUAUAAGAAAAAACAAAAGAUAGUAAAACCUGGAUAUCUGAAUACCUCUCAAUGUGAACACUUUCCUCUUUGCGAAUUUUGUUAGCUCCUAUAAACUCACAUUUUAUUCAGGUUUUCACAGCAACUUUCAGAUUUGAAAGGUUUUACUAUAGCUUCGUUAUAUUAAUUGACUUAUUAUUUAAGAUUGUAAACUUAAGACAGUUUCAUGGAAUUGAAUUUUGUAAUUUUUGCAAGAUUUUCCCAGAGAUACAUGCAGCUACA